AUGUCCGACUUCCCUAGCACAGAGAACGGCAAGAUCUCGCUCAAGAACCGCGUCGUCAUCGUCACCGGUGCCGGAAACGGUCUUGGCAAGGCGUACGCCCUCUUCUUUGCCUCGCGCGGCGCAAAGGUCCUGGUCAACGACCUGGGCCCGGCGGCAAACGACAAGAGCAAGAAGGCCGCCGACCUCGUCGUCGAGCAGAUCAAGUCCAACGGCGGAGAGGCCAUCGCCAACUACGACUCCAACGUCGAGGGCGCAAAGAUUGUCCAGCAGGCCGUCGACAAGUGGGGCCGCAUCGACAUCCUCAUCAACAAUGCGGGCAUCCUGCGCGACAAGUCGUUCAAGGGCAUGACGGACAAGGAGUGGGACCAGAUCACCGACGUCCACAUCACCGGCUCGUACGCCUGCGCAAAGGCCGCCUGGCCCCACAUGCGCAAGCAAAAGUACGGCAGGAUCCUCAACACGGCCUCGGCCGCCGGCCUCUACGGCAACUUUGGACAGGCAAACUACUCGGCCGCCAAGAUGGCCAUGGUCAGCUUCUCCAAGUCGCUCGGCAUCGAGGGCGCAAAGUACAACAUCCUCGCAAACACCCUCGCCCCCGUCGCCGCCAGCCAGCUCACCCAGACCAUCAUGCCGCCGGAGAUGCUCGAGAACCUCACGCCCGACUACGUCGUCCCCAUCGUCACCUACCUCGUUUCGUCCGAGAACAAGGACAUCAACGGCCAGGUGUUUGAGUGCGGCGCCGGCUUCUUUGCCAUGGUCCGACGCGAGCGCAGCCGCGGCGUCGUCUUCAAGACCGACGACACCUUCACCCCCGCCGCCGUCCGCGCCAAGAUUGACGAGAUCCUCGACUUUGACGAGGGCGCCACGUACCCCGAGAAGGUCACCGACGCCAACCACAUGGAGUUCCUUGAGCGCGCCCAGGCGGCCAAGCCCAACGACCAGGGCGAGGGCCCCGUCCGCUUUGACGGCAAGACGGUCAUCGUCACGGGCGCCGGCGCCGGUCUCGGCCGAGCCUAUGCCCUCAUGUUUGGCAAGCUCGGCGCCAACGUUGUCGUCAACGACUUUGCCGAGAAGAACGCCGCCGCCGUCGUCGACGAGAUCAAGAAGGCCGGCGGCAAGGCGGCGCCCGCCGUCGGCUCGGUCGAGGACGGCGAGAAGGUGGUCAAGGCGGCGCUCGACGCCUUUGGCGGCCUCCACGCCGUCAUCAACAACGCCGGCAUCCUGCGCGACAAGUCGUUUGCCGCCAUGACCGACGACCAGUGGCACGCCGUCAUCAACGUGCACCUGCGCGGCACCUACGCCGUCUGCAAGGCCGCCUGGCCCAUCUUCCAGAAGCAGAAGUACGGCAGGAUCGUCAACACGACGUCGGCCGUCGGCAUCUACGGCAACUUUGGCCAGGUCAACUACGCCACCGCCAAGUCGGGCAUCAUUGGCCUCACCCAGACGCUCGGCAUCGAGGGUGCCAAGUACAACAUCCUUGCCAACACGAUCGCGCCCAACGCCGGCACCGCCAUGACCUCGACCAUCUGGCCCCAGGAGAUGGUUGACGCGUUCAAGCCCGAGUUUGUCGCGCCCAUGGUCGGCUACCUGGCCAGCGAGGCCAACACCGAGCACAGCAAGCUGCUCUUUGAGGUGUCCGGAGGCUGGGUCGCCGCCACCCGCUGGCAGCGCGCCGGCGGCCACGCCUUCAGCCACGGCAAGCCGCCGAGCCCCGAGCAGGUGGUCAAGAGGUGGAGCAAGAUCACCGACUUUGAGACCAACCCGAGCUGGCCCACGAGCCCGAGCGAGUCGCUGGGCGACAUCGUGUCCAACUUUGGCCAGCAGUCGGACGAGGAGGACGACGACGAGGCCGACGGCGGCGCCGACAGCUACAUCGACCCCGAGGACCCCGAGGAGGUCAAGGCGGCCAAGCGCGAGAAGAUCGAAGAGUCCGAGUUCACCUACGGCGAGCGCGACGUCAUCCUCUACAACCUCGGCGUCGGCGCCACGGAAAAGGAGCUCGACCUCAUCUUUGAGCAGGACGACGAGUUCAAGGCGGUGCCCACGUUUGGCGUCAUCCCGCAGUUUACCGCCUCGAGCGGCAUCCCGCUCGACUUCCUGCCCAACUUUAGCCCGAUGAUGCUGCUCCACGGCGAGCAGUACCUGGCCAUCAAGAAGGAGAUUCCGACGAGCGCGACGCUCGUCAACCGGCCCAAGAUCCUCGAGGUGCUCGACAAGGGCAAGGCGGCCGCCGUCACCUCGAUCACCCACACGCUCGACAAGGCUUCGGGCGACGUCAUCUUUGAGAGCCAGAGCACCGUCUUUAUCCGUGGCUCGGGCGGCUUUGGCGGCAAGAAGACGGGACGCGACCGCGGCGCCGCCUCGGCGGCCAACAAGCCGCCGCAGAGGAAGGCGGACAAGGUCGUGACCGAGAAGACGACCGACAGCCAGGCGGCCCUGUACCGCCUGAGCGGCGACUACAACCCGCUCCACGUCGACCCGAGCUUUGCGGCCGUGGGCGGCUUUGACAAGCCCAUCCUGCACGGCCUGUGCUCGUUUGGCAUCUCGGGCAAGCACAUUUUCCGCGCCUAUGGCCCGUACAAGGACAUCAAGGUGCGCUUCACGGGCCACGUCUUCCCCGGCGAGACGCUCGAGACGAGCAUGUGGAAGGAGGGCAACAAGGUCAUUUUUACCACGCGCGUCGUCGAGAGGAACACGCAGGCGCUCGGCGCCGCCGCCGUCACCCUGGUCGACUAG